GGGGGACGAGGCGGCGAGAGGAGGCGGAGAGGCGUGAGGGAGAAGCCAAGAUGGCGGCGGCGGGGCCCGAGUCUGGGGGGAGCAGCAGCAGCAGCAGCGGUGGAGGCGGCGGCCUGACAGGGGCAACAGGAGCAAAUUCGUUGAAAAAGUCACUCGAGAUGGCCGGAUCCUCUGGGCACUCUUCACAGACCAUCAGGAAAGGGCACAGGAGCGUGGACUCCACGGGGGAAACCACCUACAAAAAGACAACAUCGUCCGCCCUGAAAGGCGCCAUCCAGCUCGGAAUCACCCACACGGUGGGAAGCCUGAGCACCAAACCCGAGCGCGAUGUGCUCAUGCAGGACUUCUACGUAGUCGAGAGCAUCUUCUUCCCCAGCGAAGGCAGCAACCUGACGCCCGCCCACCACUACAACGACUUCCGCUUCAAGACCUACGCCCCCGUCGCCUUCCGUUAUUUCCGGGAGCUAUUCGGCAUACGGCCGGAUGACUACUUGUGCUCCCUGUGUAGCGAGCCCCUCAUCGAGCUAUCCAACUCCGGGGCCAGCGGCUCCAUCUUUUACGUCUCCAGCGAUGACGAGUUCAUCAUCAAAACCGUUCAGCACAAAGAAGCGGAGUUCUUGCAGAAGCUGCUACCGGGCUACUAUAUGAACUUGAACCAGAACCCUCGGACGCUGCUGCCCAAGUUCUACGGGCUCUACUGCGUGCAGGCCGGAGGCAAGAACAUCCGGAUUGUGGUGAUGAACAACCUCCUGCCCCGCUCCGUCCGGAUGCACCAGAAGUACGACCUGAAAGGUUCCACCUACAAACGCCGGGCGUCCCAGAAGGAGCGCGAGAAGGUCUUCCCCACCUACAAGGACCUAGACUUCAUGCAGGACAUGCAAGACGGCCUCUUCUUGGACGCGGACAUGCACACCGCCCUGUGCAAAACACUGCAGAGGGACUGCUUGGUUUUGCAGAGUUUCAAAAUUAUGGAUUACAGUUUACUCGUGGCCGUCCACAAUCUUGACCUAGCUCAGCGGGAGCGGGCGGUCGUGGACGGGUCCUCCCACAUCGACUUGCGGCGGCCCACGGCCCAAAAGGCUCUCUAUUCCACUGCCAUGGAGUCCAUCCAGGGGGAGGCGCGAAGAGGCGGCACCGUGGAGACCGACGACCAAAUGGGAGGCAUCCCUUCUCGGAAUUCCAGGGGAGAGAGACUGCUCUUGUACAUUGGAAUCAUAGACGUGUUGCAAUCAUACAGGUUCAUGAAGAAGCUGGAACACUCCUGGAAGGCGCUCGUUCACGACGGGGAUACAGUAUCAGUUCACAGGCCCAGCUUCUACGCAGAACGGUUCCAGCGGUUCAUGUGUAACAUGGUGUUCAAGAAAAUUCCUUUAAAACCGUCCCCUUCGAAAAAGAGCCGGUCUGGCGUUGCGGCACCUCGGCGGUCGGGCCCGAGUGGAGCGCCUUCCCAGAUGCAAGCAAUAUGUGAAACGAAGGUGCAGGUCACGACAGAAGCCGAGGUGGAGCCAGGGUCCCAGCUGGGCCGCCCAGAUCUUCUCCCUGAGACUCCUCCUGUAGAUGAAGCUAACAGCGACUCUGCCGCCACCACACUGUCGACCUCUUCUUUGGGGAGCAGAGGCUAUAAUUCCCCUGCCAACAGGUCGGUAGGCGCCAAAGUGCCCAAAUCGGGUGCCUCAAAGGACGCGACUCCUCCAGUUGUUCUGGAGAGCUCCACUAGGUCGGAGGGAGUGCCACGGCCAGAAAACCCUUCCAUGUCGACUGUGCUCAGCUUCUACUCUGAUAGUGCUUCUCCCGGACCCUCCAUGCCAGACCCUCCAUCAGGACUGACAGAACAGUAUGAGGAUUUGCCCGAGACAGAGAUCAGCUUUUGAAAUGCGGGGCUAUUUGAUGGAAGCAGAAGAUUCCUUCCCGGUCUGUUGAAGUCUGAGAAACCUGCAGCCCUCCCGGGGCAGCUGAUAAUCGAGAACUUUCUUGGCCUGGACUGCCAAAUCUUACGGAAGGUCAAAGGCCGGGACGCCCCUGGCAGCGUAGCGUUAGCAACAACUACCGGUCUCUAGAGCCCGUUGGCUGUUAAAAGGCUAUGGAGUUCCUCUGGUGUUGACAGAGAGGCGCUCCCUCUGUGUCCUACGUGGGGCUUUAUGGGCCGUCUCUAGAGAAAGGGCCAGGUGCCUUUGCGUAAGGCCCAAACGCCUCCAAGGGCAGAGUAGCCAAGAAAUCCCUGUUGCGCACCAGUUCCUCUGAAAAGACAAAGCGAUCCCCGAUCGGAACAGUUUGAAGAAAAUCAACGCUGUCAUCAUGCUUUUAUUUUAAACUUUCUAAAAUGUAUUUAAACUUUCCCCCCUCCUGAAUUGCUAUAUCAGGGUUGUUUGUUUGUUUGUUUUUUAAGUGUGUGACUUUUAGGCCUAGAAAUCCCCCCCUCCCCCUCAAGUUAACACCAAAACAUGUCAGAGAGAGACAUUUUUCACCUCUCUUUCUCUGGUCGCAUAUCUGGGGCCUCACGAGGACUAGGAAGCCAACCUUAGCUAGUUGUUUAACUUUGUGGUGCCCACAGAAACUGCCUGUCUGGUAGAGACACUUGGUGGUGAGGAAGAGGAGAGCCGGCUUAUCCCCUCUUCUCUGCCCCUAGUCUUGGUGCUUUUUCUCUGGCGUAGCGAGGGAGCUGGCGUAGCGAGGGAGCGGGAUUUUAUAAACUGCACCACGCCUGUGUCUCUGCUCAGCCACGAGCACAAUUGGGCACAGUUAUUAAGCCUUUAGUAUUUUGCUAAUGGACCAGACUUAUUCCCCCUGUCCUUUGGGAGUUCCUCCCUUUCUCAGUAUUAAGCCAUUUUUGGGGUCCCCAACCCUCAUUUUUUUUAAGAAAAAAAGAAAAACCUGAAAACAGUGCUUGGAUCUCGAUUCCGGGACGAUUCUGCCAGGCUGCGUAAAAAUGGCCAAAUUUUAAUCUCAUUUUUAAGCAGCCUUUAUUCCGCCCCCGCCCCCCCCCACCCCCCCCGUUUCCAAGAUUUUUUUUUAAUGUUCCAUACCUCGGGGUGGGGGUGUGUGUGAAAACUGCCACAAACACACGGUUGUAUUUCCCUAUCCAAAGCUGCAGCAAUCUUCCCCUUCUGCCAGUCGAGAUGUGCAUUGUGCCGUUUUUUUGUUUUGUUUUAGUUUUUUUAAAAAAAAAUAGCUCUCGUUUUCUUAAGAGAAUAAUGAAUAGAUCAAGUGAAACCUUAUAGCCCCCUACCCCCAAAAAAGAAUCUAUAUUUCUCUCUAUGUGUACCUUUUGUAAUAAAUAGAGGGCAAGGGGGGGGUCUUUUCCCCUCCCCAACUAAACAGAGUUUUGUAUUUUUCUGUCAAACCGUUUGCAAUAAGAUAUGUAGAGAUUAUAGCAAGAGAGGUUCCUUCUCGUUAAAUUGCGCUGCGCGUCUGAAGUGCGGCCCCAGCGUCAGCUACCCUUCAGAGCCUCAAAACGCCUUUUGAGAAUCCCAGGCAGUGGUUGCUUCUGCCCGCCUUUCAAAACUGUUCAGGAAUAUUGGGGGCCACGUUGCAAGCUUCUCUGGUUCCUCCCCUUUCCCUUUUCAACCAUGGAGCGAUCUGCAUUUGAGACUAAGGCUGACCAGGAUUCAAAGAUAGCCAGGAAGCAAAGUGACUGCAGUUAGCAUGGAUCUAGAGAUGGACGUAGCGCUACGGUCCGGAUUCUGUGGAUCGUUUCUCCCAGGAUUGUGCUUUCCCUAGCAAAGGUCCCGUCACCUGAUUCGGAAGCUUGUCGAGUUUGAAUAAAGGUCCUUACGUCAAGGAAAAGAGCCAACAUUAAUGGAAUAGAUCAGGGGUGUCCAGCUCUGGUGCCCCAGAUGUUCAUGGACUACAAUUCUCAUCAGUCCCUGCCAGCAUGAGGCUGAUAAGAAUCGUAUGUGAACAUCUGGGGCACCAGAGUUGGACACCCUUGGAAUAGAUGCAUGGGAGCCAAUCCUGCAUACGGGCUAAUGUCGAAACGCCUGGGCCCAUAAUUAAGGCCAAAAUGCUUCCCGUCUCUUCAACGCAGCCAAAAGAUAGCGAAGCGUCCCUUUCCCUCGGAGUAAAUUUGAUUCUCCUGUGAGCCUAACCUUAGCCAGAUGUCCGUGAAGAACCUCCGCAUAAAAGUGAGUUCCGUGCAACAACAGAUUUUUAUGACGUUCUUUUAGAGCAUUCUAGCAGGUUUUUAAAACACGGCUUCGUCCUUCUUCCCUCCCCUCCCGUUCGCAGAGUUAUAUUUAACUGUCUAUAUUAGACACUCUAGAUUUUUUUUUCCCCUGAAAAUGUUUUGGUAACUAAUUUUAUGCUACGAGGAGGAAGAAUAAAAGAGCAAGAUGUCGGGGUGGGUUUCUCCCCUCCAUGAUGUUACUAUUUAUGAAGUUGUAUUUAAAUAUCGUUUCCUUCCUGCGAAACUUAGCUGUUUGAGUGGGGUGGGUGGGGACAGGCCUUUUCCAGCUGGCUCUUCGUGGCAGACUUUGCUUUGAACGAGUUUAAGGGAGUGGGAGAUGGGUGGAUGGAUCUACGUUUUAAAAAAACACAAGCUAAGCCUCGAAUCGGUUUGGACGUUCCAAGUCUCCUGGCAAGGAAGCAACGGUGGAUCCAGAGCCGGGCCUGGCGCCUCUUCAGACUUACCUGUCUCUCCCUUUCAAUGCUGAAUGGAAUGCGGAACGCCAGGUGGGGCCACUUCUGCCGCCCCUGGGCACCUCACCUUCCAACUUCCAACUUGGCAGGACUCGUCGCCCGCAUUGCAGGGAAGAGAGCUUGGGCUCUGAGCUUAUCCGCCCAACGUGCCGUCUUGUGGAUUUCGUCACUUGAAACCCUCGUGACCCUUACUUUGACCCGGGCAUUUUGCCACCUGUUGAAGUGGAUGUCCGGGGGGUGGGGUGGGGGGGAUCUAAGGUCUGUUUUAUCAGCCGUGUCCCUUGUAAAGGAUAGGACAUAUCCUGCAGUAUGCUACUCAGCUCAAUAAAGAUGUCCUCGUUUCUUUUU